CGCUCUCAAACGGUGCAGAGACACCUCCAAGGCCAUCAAAGUGUUAAGAUUCUCACCAUACUUCCAAUAGAUUAUCAUGUCAGACGAUACAUUGACACGCAGCCUGCUCAUCACUGGUUCAAGCGGCUACAUCGGCACUCAUAUUGUCGGCCACGCUCUUCAGAAUGGAUGGCAAGUUCGCGCCACUACCAGAUCUGAAGCCGGUAUUGCGAAACUCGAGACAACUUUUCCAUAUGCCUUUGAGCAGCUCAAGUUUGCAAUAGUCCCGGACUUUACAAAACACGAGGCAUACCAUAGCAUUCUCGCUGGCGUGACUGACAUUGUCCAUGCUGCAUCACCCUUCAACCUUCAGCCGCAGGACAAUGCUAAAGAUGUUCUUGAACCCGCCAUACAAGGCAUUCUAGCUAUUCUCGAAGCUGCAAUCCGCUAUGGGCCUCAGGUUCGCCGGGUAAUUAACAUCUCCUCUUUCGCUGCAAUUGUCGACAUGUCCAAGGGAUUACGCCCUGGACACACAUAUUCAGAAAGAGACUGGAAUCCUAUGACUUACGAUCGGGCGGUGGCAACGUCCAAUGGUCCUGCUGCAUAUUGUGCCUCAAAAAGCCUUGCGGAGAGAGCCAUGUGGGACUGGAUGGAAAAUAAUAAGCUGAAUGUGCCAUUCACACUUUCAGUGAUUAACCCCCCGUGGGUUUUUGGCCCUUAUUAUGCUGACCCUGACCUGGGCACCCUAUGCGAGUCUGUGGCGGCACUUUGGUGUCUCUUCGGUGCCAAAACGGUACCACCUACUGACUUCGCGGGCUUUGUGGAUGUUCGAGAUGUUGCAAAAGCGGUAAUGUUGGUGCUUGACAAUCCUGCGGCCGCAGGGCGACGUUUCCUGCUUGGAGCCAAUUUCGACUGGCAGACUGCUGCAGAUAUCAUUCGUAAAAGGUUUAUGGCGGCCCGAGACAGGGUACCAGCAGGACGGCCCGGGUAUGGGAAGUUAGAAUCGGUCUACAAUAUUGAUGGAGGGCAGGCACAGCAGGUCCUGGGAUUAGUAUACACACCGCUCGACUCCGCCCUGUACUCUACGGUUUGUCAGUUGCUGAAGGCCGAGGAGGCAGAGAAGGGAUCAUAUUAACCCUCCAAGGCACGUAGCAGAUUUGUUUAUCGGAUACUACAGUAUUAGCUCUUAAAUACAAGUUGAUUGCGCCCAGGCUUAGCAAGG